UCUUUCAUUUUUACGUAUAAAUCUAAUCGAAGAUUUGGAAAACACAAAGUCCACUUACUUUGUCGUCUUACAAUUUUCAGAGAAAAGGCGCUUCUUCUCUACUAACAUGAAUAAGAUUCAACGUUACCAAAGAAUUGUUAAGCAAAUGUGUUUCACUUAUACACAUCCAACAUCCAGCUCAUUGUCCACGCGAAAUUAUUGCGUAGAGGGCAAUUUAAGUGAAAACGUAGUAAAGAAAAAGAAGGGAAAUGAUGUUAAUGACACAAAAUCCGAAUCCAUUAAUAUGUUGGAAACUCCUCAGUUAUCUCAACACCCUGAUGAAACUGAAAUCGUAUCGGAAACUCUGAAAAAUAGCACUUUUGCCUCGUUGCUUCGACAUUCUAAAUUUAUAGACCUUGGAGAUCCUCAAGGAAAACAAGUAGUAGGAACGAUUUAUCAAAUUAUCGGUAACGAUCUAUACAUCGACUUUGGUUGGAAAUUUCAUUGUGUGUGCAUAAGACCCAAACAAGACUCUAUCAAAUACACCAGAGGUUCAAAAGUGCUAUUGAGGAUAAAAGAUUUGGAAUUGUCUACCCGAUUUUUAGGAGCAACCAGUGAUUUAACAAUUUUAGAAGCAGAUUGUAUUCUUCUAGAUUUAUUAGACAUCCCCCUGUCCAGUGCACAAUAA